UGGUCCCAGAGCCUGGUCCCCCUCGACAGCCGGCACACCGACGCCGAGGUCGUGGAAAGCUGGCGCAAGGAGAAAGAAACAUUGGAUGCUCUGGUAAAGUCUGAACAUAUGACAGAUGAGAUCAAAACUCAGUUAAAUGAUCUUUGUAGAUUUUCCAGAGAUUUGAGUGCUCAUUCUUCGAAAGUUUCAGGGUUGAUUAAGGAGUAUAACAGCCUCUGCCUGCAAGCUUCAAAAGGUUGUCAGAGCAAAGAGCAGAUCUUGCAGCAAAGAUUUCGGACGGCUUUCAGGGACUUCCAGCAGUGGCUGGUCAAUGCGAGAGUCACCACAGCCAAAUGCUUUGAUGUGCCUCAAAAUAUCAGUGAAGCUUCAGCAAGUCUGCAGAAAAUACAGGAAUUCUUGUCGGAAAGGGAGAAUGGGCAACAAAAACUAAACCUGGUAGCAUCCAAAGGAGAACUGCUAUGCUCUGUUUUACCAAAGGAAAAGGCUAAAGUUAUCCGGGACAAAGCUGCUACUGCUAAAGAAGAUUGGAAAAAUUUUAUCACCACCCUCCACCAGAAGGAAUCUGCAUUGGAGAACUUAAAGAUCCAGAUGAAGGACUUUGAAGCAACUGCUGAGCCUCUGCAGGAGUGGCUGACAACAACUGAGAAGAUGGUACAAGGAAGUAGCAGUCGGCUCCAUGAUCUUCCUUCCAAGCGGAGAGAACAACAAAAGUUGCAGUCUGUCCUUGAGGAAAUAAGCUGCCACGAGCAUCAGCUCAACAGGCUAAAAGAGAAAGCUCAGCAGCUGUGGGAAGAGCAAGCUGUCAGCAAAAGCUUUAUGCGCAGAGUGUCUCAGUUGUCUUCUCAGUAUCUUACUCUAAGCAAUCUGACAAAGGAGAAAGUUUCCAAAAUGGAUAGAGUUGUGGCAGAGCACCAGCAGUUCUCGCACAGUGUCAAGGACCUCCAGGACUGGGUGGCUGAUGCGGUUCACAUGCUGGAUUCCUACUGUCAUCCCACUGCAGACAAGAGUGUUCUGGACAGCCGGAUGCUAAAGCUAGAGGGACUGCUAGCAGUGAAACAAGAAAAAGAAAUCCAAAUGAAAAUGAUUCUGACAAGAGGAGAAUCUGUUCUGCAAAAUACUUCUCUGGAGGGAGUACCAGUGAUUGAACAGCAGUUGCAAACCCUGAAGGACAGCUGGGCUUCUCUUCUGUCUGCUUGUAUCCAGUGCAAGAGCCAACUGGAAGGAGCUCUCUCCAAAUGGACAAGUUACCAGGAUGAUGUUCGUCAGUUUUCCAGCUGGAUGGAUAAAGUAGAAGCGAGUAUGAAUGCUUCUGAAAGGCAAUAUGCCGAACUGAGGGAAAAAACAGCUGCCCUCAGCAAAGCAAAGCUACUCAGUGAAGAGGUUUUGAGUCACAGCAGCCUGUUGGAGACGAUUGAAGUGAAAGGAAGUGGGAUGGCUGAGCAUUAUGUCACUCAGCUUGAACUCCAGGACCUUCAGGAGCGGUAUAAGUUCCUCAAAGAGAGAACAAGGGAGGCGGUAACAAAAGCUGAAGGACUGCUUAACUUACAUCAAGAGUACCAAAGAAAUCUGAAGGCCUUUGAAGUAUGGCUGGAGAAGGAACAGGAAAAACUUGACUGUUUAUCACAUCUUGAUGGUGAUGCCCAGAAACAGGAGGCAACACUCCGAGACUUACAGGAGCUGCAGGUCCACUGUGCAGAAGGACAAGCAUUAUUGAAUGCUGCUGUCCAUGCCAGAGAGAAGGUGAUUCCCUGGGGCAUUCCCCAGAUAGAAGACCGAGCCCUGGAAUCCUUACGGCAGGAUUGGCAAGUUUAUCAGCACAGGCUUUCUGAAGCAAGAAGCCAAUUAAAUGCCACUGUGAGCAGGCUAAGGUUAAUGGAGAAAAAAUUUCAGAAGGUUAAUGACUGGCUAACAGAUCUGGAGGAGAAAGUUGCCAUCAGGACUGGGAGGCAGUCUGGUAGAGCAACAAAGGAGAUGCAGCUUCAGCAAAUGAAGAAGUGGCAUGAAGAAAUUACAAUCUACAAAGACGAUGUGGAAGAAGUUGGGGUAUUGGCUCAGCAAAUCCUCGAGGAAAGUCUCACUGCAAGUAGAAUGGGAAGCCAGGCUACACAGCUUACGUCUCGCUACCAAACUGUUCUUCUUCAUGUCUUGGAGCAAAUAAAGUUUCUGGAAGAAGAAAUACGCUGUAUGGAGGAGUCGGAAUUGGCUUUUAGUGCUUACACAAAUUGGUAUGGAGCUACCAACAAGAACUUCAGAAAUGUGAUCACCAAGUUUGAUGUGAUUGAUAAAACAGCAAUGGAGAAAAAAGUGCAGAAACUAGAGCUGCUAUUGAGUGAUAUGGACAUAGGCCACAGUUUACUGAAAUCCGCCCGUGAGAAGGGGGAGCGAGCUAUAAAGUACAUGAAAGAAAAUGAAGUUAACCAGUUGAGAAAAGAAAUUGGAGAUCAUGUGGAACAGCUUGAAGAGCUGGCUGGCUCCAUCAGGAAAGAGCACAUGACUUCAGAGAAGUGCCUUCAGCUGGCAAAGGAGUUCUCAGACAAGUACAAGGCACAGACUCAGUGGGUCAUGGAGUACCAAGCUGUGUUACAUGCUCCAGCAGAGCCAAAGAGCGAACUCUAUGAGAAGAAGGCUCAGUUGUCCAAAUACAAGUCCAUACAGCAGACUGUUCUGUCCCAUGAGCCUUCAAUAAAAUCAGUGAUUGAAAAGGGAGAAGCACUUUUUGAUCUGGUAAAUGAUGUGACUCUAAAGAACAACAUUCAAGACCUUCAGAGCAGUUACCAGGAACUCUGCAGCACAACAAAGGCAUAUGUUGACACCUUGGAGGUGAGAGUAAAAGAACAUGAGGAUUACAAUAGUGAUUUGCAAGAAGGAGAGAAAUGGUUAUUACAUAUGUCCAGCAGGCUGGUCAGCCCUGACCUCCUGGAGAGUAACAAUCUUGAAAUAAUCACUCAGCAACUAGCUAACCACAAGGCUAUCAUGGAAGAAAUUGCAGGGUUUGAAGAUCGUUUGAACAGCCUUAAGAGUAAAGGCGAUUACUUGAUCAAUCAAUGCACAGAACACCUUCAAGCAAAAUUUAAGCAAAACAUACAAAGCCAUCUUCAGGGGACAAAGGACAGCUAUUCUGCCAUAUGUAGCACAGCCCAAAGAGUGUACCAGAGUUUGGAACAUGAACUCCAGAAGCAUGUUAAUCAUCAGGAUACCCUACAACAGUGCCAGACUUGGCUGUCUACAGUGCAGUCAGACCUAAAGCCAACUACCUGGCCACCUUUCAGCCUUGCAGACGCAGUUAAACAGGUGAAACAUUUCCGGGCUCUGCAGGAGCAGGCCAAUACAUACUUGGAUCUUCUGUGCUCCAUGUGUGAUCUGUCAGAUGCCACAGUGAAGAGUACAGCAACAGAUAUUCAACAAACAAAACAAACGAUUGAGCAACAGAUAAUGCACUCACAGUAUUUGGCUCAAGGUUGGGAAGAGAUCAAACAAAUGAAAGCUGAGCUCUGGAUAUAUUUCCAGGAUGCAGAUCAACAACUACAGAAUUUGAAAAGGAGACGGGCAGAGUUGGAGCUAAACAUUGCCCAGAAUAUGGUAUUCCAGGUUAAGGAAUUCAGUCAGAAGCUGCAGUCUAAGCAGUCAGCUCUUAGCUCUGUGACUGAGAAGAUGAACAAACUAACCCAAGGGCAGGAAUCACCUGAACACAAGGAAAUAGGAGAACUGAGCAACCAGUGGCUGGACCUCUGCCUUCAGGCACACAGUUUGCUCAUACAGAGGGAGGAGGAUCUGCAGAGGACGAGGGAUUACCAUGAUCGCAUGAAUGUAGUUGAAGUUUUCUUGGAAAAGCUCACAAAAGAGUGGGACAACCUGGCUAGAUCUGAUGCUGAAAGUACAAACGUGCACCUUGAAGCUUUGCAAAAAUUGGCACUGGCACUACAGGAAAGGCGAUUUGCUCUGCAAGAUUUGAAAGAUCAGAAGCAGAAGAUGAUAGAACAUCUGAAUCUUGAUGACAAAGAAUUAGUAAAGGAGCAAUUUGGUCAUUUUGAGCAACGUUGGACUCAGCUGGAGGACCUUGUCAAAAGGAAAAUUCAGGUUUCUGUUUCAACCUUAGAAGAGCUCAGUUUGGUGCAUUCCAAAUUUCAGGAACUAAUGGAAUGGGCAGAGGAGCAGCAGCCUAGUAUGUCAGAGGCUCUUAAACAGAGCCCUCCUCCCGAUCUGGCUCAGAGUCUUCUCAUUGAUCAUCUUACCAUUUGCAGUGAGCUUGAAGCCAAACAGCUUCUUCUGAAGACGCUUGUGAAGGAUGCUGACAGGGUGAUGACCAACCUAGGGCUCAAUGAAAGGCAGGAGCUGCAGAAAGCACUUUCUGAUGCACAGUACCAUGUAGAUUGCCUCAGUGAUCUGAUUGGCCAGAGGAGAAAGCACCUGAAUAAAGCACUGUCUGAAAAGACACAGUUUCUCAUGGCAGUCUUUCAGGCUACAAACCAAAUUCACCAGCACGAGAAGAAAGUAACAUUUCCAGAACACAUUUGUCUGUUGCCUGAAGAUGUGAACAAACAGAUCAGGGCUUGUAAGAAUGCCCAGGCUAACCUGAAGGCCUAUCAAAAUGAAGUCACAGGGUUGUGGGCUCAAGGAAGGGAUUUAAUGAAAGAAGCAACAGAACAAGAAAAGAGUGAAGUGUUGGGUAAACUGCAAGAACUACAGAAUGUGUAUGACACUGUUUUACAAAAGUGUAACCAGAGAUUGUUAGAACUGGAAAAAAAUAUAGUUUCCAGGAAAUAUUUCAAAGAAGACUUAGAUAAAGCUUGCCAUUGGCUAAAACAAGGUGAUAUCAUCACAUUCCCAGAGGUCAAUGUAAUGAAUUCGAACUCUGAACUAUACAGCCAGUUAGCAAAAUAUCAACAGAUUCUUGAGCAGUCUCCAGAAUAUGAAAAUCUGUUACUUGCACUGCAAAGAGAUGGCCAAGAAAUCCUACCAUCACUUAAUGAAGUGGAUCAUUCUUAUCUGGAUGAAAAACUUAACAUUCUUCCUCAGCAAUUCAAUAUUGUCACUGCUCUGGCAAAAGAAAAAUUAUAUAAGGUUCAGGAAGCAAUUUAUGCCAGAAAAGAGUACGCCUCUUUGAUUGAGUUGACAAGUAAAGCUCUGAAUGAGCUAGAAGAUCAGUUUAUUAACAUGGACAAAGCUCCAGCUGCUGUUUUAGCCAAAGAAGCUAUGUCACUCCAGCAGACCUACAAAGAUCUCUUAGGUGAGGUGGUGAACCUCGGUGCAGCAGUGGAUGAACUAAACCAGAAGAAGGAGGCCUUUCGAAGCACCGGCCAGCCAUGGCAACCAGAUGAGAUGUUAAAACUAGUCACGCUAUAUCAGAAGUUGAAGAGGCAGAUAGAGCAGAAAAUCAACCUAUUGGAAGACACAAUAGAAGCAUGCCAGGAGCAUGAGAAAAUGUGUAUGCAGUUUGAGGCACAACUAGAGGCAGUGAAGACGGAGCAGAUUAAGGUAAAUGAAGAAACACUCCCAAUAGAAGAAAAGUUGAAAAUAUACCAUUCUCUAGUGGGCAGCUUGCAAGACUCAGGGAGUCUUCUGAAGAGAAUAACUGAACAUCUAGAAGCCCUUUCUCCUCAGCUUGACUCAUCUGCAUGUGAGACAACCAAUCACCAAGUGCAGUCUUGGCAAGAGAAACUAAAGUCUUUGCAUGCUGCCAUCGGUGACACCGUGAUGGAGUGUGAGAACAGACUGGUGCAAAGCAUAGACUUCCAGACAGAAAUCUGCCGCUCAGUCGACUGGCUGAGGUGGGUGAAAACAGAACUUAAUGGAACAUUAAGUUUGGACCUCAAACUGCAAAGCAUCCAAGAAGAAAUCCGAAAGGUUCAGAUACAUCAGGAAGAAGUGCAAUCAAGCCUGAGAAUAAUGAAUGCACUAAGCAAUAAAGAAAAAGAGAAAUAUAUGAAAGCAAAGGAGCUGAUACCCGCUGACCUGGAGAACACUCUUGCUGAGCUUACAGAACUAGAUGGUGAAGUUCAAGAAGCUAUACAAGUGAGACAGGCUACCUUGAAUAAAUUACAUAGCCUCUGCCAAAGAUACUACCAAGUGACGCAGUUAGCAAAUGACUGGCUUGAAGAUGCUCAGGAAUUUCUACAUUUAGCAAGAAAUGGUCUUGAUGUUGAGAAUUCUGAGGAGAACCUAAGGAACCACAUUGAAUUUUUCAGCACAGAAAGUCAGUUCAGUAAUCAUUUGAAGGAAUUACAGGGCCUUGUGUCUGAGAUAGAGCCCUUUAUCCAAGCCACAGCGAGAGAGCAGCUGAUGCAGAACGUAGCUGCAUUGGAGGAAAAGGCAAAAGGGACAAAGCAAGAAGCCAAAACCCAGCAAGAGCAGUUGCAAAGGUGUGCUUCUGAGUGGCAGGAGUACCAGACAGCAAGACAGAAGGUUAUUGAAGUGAUGAACGAGGCUGAGAAAAAAUUAUCUGAAUUCUCAGUAGCUAAAGCUGCUUCUUCUCAUGAAGCAGAAGAGAAAUUGCUAACACAUAAGACUCUUGUGUCUGUAGUGAAUACUUUCCAUGAGAAGAUCACAGCCCUAGAAGAAAAGGCUUCACAGCUGGAAAAAGUUAGCAAUGAUGCCAGUAAGGCAACUAUAAGUAGAUCCAUGACAACAGUUUGGCAGCGCUGGACACGGCUCCGGAAUGUAGCCCAAGAACAACAGAAAAUUUUGGAAGAUGCAGUACAAGAAUGGAAGGACUUUAAUGAUAAGAUUCAGAAAGCCACCAUAGCAAUAGAUGAGCUCCAAGGCCGCUUACCAGAAAGCUCAGUGGAAAAGGCAUCCAAGACAGAGCUCCUGGAACUCCUGGAUUACCACAGCAGUUUCCUUCUGGAGGUGGAGCAUCAGCUGUCAUCUUUGGGCCUGCUCAAACAGCACGCUGUCAGCAUGCUUCAGGAUGUGGAAAUAAAACCUCCCUCUCAGGAAGAACUACCAGUCAUGCAAGAAAUCAAAGCAAUGCAAGAUCGAUGCCAUAAUAUGCAACAGAAAGUGAAGAAAGGUGUGAAGAUGGUGAAACAGGAGCUGAAGGAGCGUGAGGAGGUUGAAGCAGAGAUUAAUAUUGUGAAGUCCUGGAUCCAGGAAACAAAAGAAUAUUUAUUAAGCCCUGAUGUAGAAGUGGAUACUCAACUUCAGGAGCUGCAGUCUCUCCUUGGUGAAGUAACUACUCAUCGCCAGGCUGUUGAAAAAAUGGCUGAACAACAACAGAAUAAGUACUUGGGGCUUUAUACCAUUUUGCCUUCUGAACUCUCUCUUCUUUUAGCAGAAGUUGGACUGGCCCUUGUGACUGUACAGGAUCAGAUUCAAACCAAAGAAAGAGAAACUCAGCAGAUCAAAACAUUGAAUCAAGAGUUUGGUCAGAAAAUCCAGGGGAUAGCAAAUGAACUAAAUGCCAUUCUUUCCAAACUGAAAAAGAAAACAAAUGAUUUAGCACAAGCUAAACUUGAGCAAAAGAUCCUCGGUGAAGAGUUGGACAGCUGCAACAUAAAGCUGUUGGAAUUAGAUGCAUCAGUCCAGGACUUUGCAGAGCAGAACGUACCGCUGGCUAAGCAGCUGGCUAACAGGAUAGGGAAACUCACCGCAUUGCACCAACAGACCAUACGGCAGGCUGAGUACAGAGCAGCCAAGCUCAGUCAGGCUGCUUCACACUUGGGAGAAUACAAUGAGAUGUUGGAGUUUAUAUUGAAAUGGAUUGAGAAAGCGAACAUCCUUGUGCAUGGUAGCAUAACAUGGAAUACUUCCUCUCAGCUUCGUGAUCAGUUUAAAGCCUACCAGACUAUGCUUGAUGAGUCUGGAGAGAUUCAUGGUGAUCUUGAGGCCAUGAGUGAGAGGAUUGAGUAUCUGGCGAGUGUAUACUGUACUGAAGGAAUGUCACAGCAAGUCCUGGAACUGGGGCGGCAAACAGAGGAAUUACAGCAAGUUAUCAAAGUGCGGCUACCCAGUCUCCAAGAUGCUGCCAAGGACAUGAAGAAAUUUGAAGUUGAGCUGAGAGCCCUGCAGGCUGCUCUGGAGCAAGCCCAAGCCACACUGACAUCUCCAGAGCUUGGGCACUUGAGCUUGAAAGAGCAACUUUCCCACAGACAGCAUCUGCUGUCCGAAAUGGAGUCGCUGAAGCCAAAAGCGCAGGCGGUACAGGCCUGUCAGAGCGGCCUGAGGAUUCCUGCCGAGGUGGUGACCGGCCUGCCGCUGUGCCACAGCGCCCUGCGGCUCCAGGAGGAGGCCAGCCGCCUGCAGCACGCGGCCAUCCAGCAGUGCAACCUCAUGCAGGAAGCAGUGGUUCAGUAUGAACAAUAUGAGCAAGAAAUGAAACAUUUACAGCAAAUGAUAGAGAGCGCCCGUCGUGAGAUCCAAGACAAGCCAAUAGCAACCAGCAACAUCCAGGAACUCCAGGUCCAGAUUUCACGUCAUGAGGAGCUGGCUCAGAAGAUCAAAGGAUACCAGGAGCAAAUUGCUGCUUUGAAUUCGAAGUGCAAGAUGCUGACAAUGAAAGCCAAACAUGCCACCAUGCUGCUGACAGUGACAGAAGUGGAGGGGCUUUCAGAGGGAAUGGAGGAGCUGGAUUCAGACCUGCUCCCAGCACACCCCACUCAUCCCUCGGUCGUUAUGAUGACUGCUGGUCGCUGUCACACGCUGCUCUCCCCUGUCACUGAGGAGUCUGGGGAGGAGGGAACCAACAGUGAGAUUUCUUCUCCACCUGCCUGUCGCUCUCCCUCACCUGUGGCUAAUACAGAUGCUUCUGUUAACCAGGACAUUGCUUAUUACCAAGCAUUAUCUGCUGAACAGUUGCAGACAGAAGCUGCUAAAAUUCAACCCAGCACUUCAGCCACCCAGGAGUUUUAUGAACCAGGCUUAGAAUCAGCUGCUAGUGCCAAAUUGGAUGAUUUGCAACGUUCUUGGGAAACACUGAAAAAUGUGAUCAGUGAAAAGCAGCGCACCCUCUAUGAAGCUCUUGAGCGUCAGCAGAAAUAUCAGGACACGCUCCAGUCUAUAUCCACAAAAAUGGAGACCAUUGAGAGCAAACUAAAUGAAAGUCUGGAACCAGCCAAAAGCCCAGAGAGCCAGAUGGCUGAACAUCAGGCUUUGAUGGAUGAGAUUUUAAUGUUACAAGAAGAAAUCACUGAGCUUCAGACAUCAUUAGCCCAGGAGCUGGUUUCAGAACCACUGGAUGCAGAAGCUGCUGACCAGCUGGCAUUGCAGUCCACUCUCACGGUCUUGGCAGAACGAAUGGCCACGAUUCGAAUGAAGGCAUCAGGAAAACGACAACUAUUGGAGGAAAAACUGAACGAGCAGCUGGAAGAACAGCGGCAAGAGCAGGCUCUUCAAAGGUACCGUUGUGAAGCUGAUGAGCUUGACCACUGGCUACUAAACACCCGAGCAACACUGGACACUGCUCUGGUUGCUGCUGAGGAACCUCUGGACAUGGAAGCACAGCUGGUAGACUGUCAGAACAUGCUGGUUGAAAUAGAGCAGAAGGUGGUGGCCUUGUCAGAGUUGUCUGUGCACAACGAGAACUUGCUUAUGGAGGGGAAGGCUCACACCAAGGACGAGGCAGAGCAGCUGGCCGUGAAGCUGAGGACGCUGAAGGGCAGCCUGCUGGAGCUGCAGCGAGUGCUCCACGACAAACAGAUCAACAUUCGGGGAUCAUUACAAGAAAAGGAGGAGAGUGAUCUGGACUUUGUUUCCUCACAAAGCCCCAGUGUCCAAGAAUGGCUGGCACAAGCAAGAACCACUCGCUCACAGCAGCAGCAGAGCACCCUGCAGCAACAGAAGGAGCUGGAACAAGAGCUAGAAGAACAGAAGAAUCUGCUUCGGUCAGUAGCGUGCCGUGGAGAAGAAAUCCUGACACAGCAAGGUGCUCCAGAAGGCCUUGAGAAGCCUGAUACACUCUCUGAGGAAUUAGGCUUGGAAGGUGAGAAACCAUCCUCUGAAGAACAGAUGAAGAUGAAAUGGGAAAGCCUGAACCAGGAAUUCAAUACCAAGCAGAGACUGCUCCAGAGAGCUUUGGAACAAGAACAGCUGCAGCUUUAUACUAGACCAAACAGACUGCUAUCUGGAAUGCCUUUGUAUAAGGAGGAAGGGCAGGAUGAGGAUAAAUCCUCAGUGUCACCAGUACUGGUUGAAUUGAAUCAGGCCUUUGAAGAUGUGUCAUCUGAGGCUGGACAGGUGGAGGAGAGCGUGCAUCUUGAACAGAAGCUGUAUGAUGGUGUCACAGCCACCUCCUUGUGGCUAGAUGGUGUGGAAGAACAGGUCUUUGUUGCUACAGCUCUGUUGCCAGAGGAAGAAACAGAAACAUACCUCUGCAAGCAAGAGUCUCUUGCCAAAGAAAUCAAAGAGAUAACAGAAGAAAUGGAUAAGAACAAGAAUUUAUUUGCUCAGAUAUUUCCUGAGAAUGGUGAUAAUAGGGAUAUUAUAGAAGACACUUUGGAUUGUCUCCUGAGAAGACUGGCCUUACUGGAGUCAGUAGUAAACCAGAGAUGCCAUCAGAUGAAGGGAAGGCUCCAGCAAAUAGUGACUUUCAAGAAUGAUCUGAAGCUCUUGUUUACAUCGGUGGCUGAUAACAAAUAUUUAGUUCUACAGAAGCUGGCAGAGGCAGCUGAGAGACCAGAAACAGAACAAAUGCAGGUCAUACUGCAGGCAGAAGAAGGUUUGAAGGAACUAGAUACUGGAAUCAAUGAAUUAAAGAAGCGUGUAGACAAGCUACAAAUUGAGCAACCUUCUGUGCAAGAGCUGUCUAAGAUCCAGGAUAUGUAUGAUGAGCUGAUGAUGAUCAUUGGGUCCAGACGGAGUGACCUGAAUCAAAAUCUGGCUCUUAAGAGGCAGUAUGAACGGGCUUUGCAGGACCUGGCUGACCUGUUAGAAACAGGCCAAGAAAAGAUGGCUGGUGACCUGAAAAUGAUUGUUGCUUCUAAGGAAGAGGUUCGAUCACUACUUGACAAACAUAAGGAAUAUUUUCAGGGGUUGGAGUCUCACAUGAUUGUGACGGAAACUCUUUUUAGAAAGAUGAGUACCUUUGCCCUCUUGAAGGAAACUCGGUCACAUUCAGAGCUAAUGACACAAGCUUCGGCUGUAUUAAAGGUGGCUCAUAAACGAGGUGUGGAGCUGGAAUAUAUUCUAGAGACCUGGAUGCAUCUGGAUGAAGAUUACCAGGAACUUACCAGACAGCUGGAGUCUGUUGAAGGUAGCAUCCCCGCUGUUGGUUUGGUGGAAGAGACAGAGGACAGGCUUACAGACCGGAUUAUACUUUUUCAGCAUCUGAGAUCUAACCUGACUGAAUACCAACCUAAAUUAUACCAAGUGCUAGAUGAUGGGAAAAGGCUCCUUUUUUCUGUUAGCUGCUCAGACCUCGAAAGUCAACUGAACCAGCUAGGAGAACGCUGGUUAAGUAACACCAGCAAGGUUACCAAAGAGCUUCACAGGCUGGAGACAAUACUGAAGCACUGGACAAGAUAUCAGAGUGAAUCAAGUGAACUGACACAAUGGUUACAAUCUGCAAAGGAGAGACUUGAGUUUUGGAGCCAGCAGUCUUUGACAGUUCCUCAGGAACUGGAAACAGUCCGAGACCACCUGAACUCCUUUUUGGAGUUUUCAAAAGAAGUGGAUGCUAAAUCAUCGCAGAAGUCUUCUGUCCUGAGUACUGGGAACCAGCUCCUCAGGCUGAAGAAGGUGGAUACAGCAGCAUUACGUGCGGGAUUGUCCCACAUUGACAGUCAGUGGACAGAGCUGCUCACACAAAUCCCAGCAGUACAAGAGAAAUUGCACCAGCUCCAGAUGGACAAAAUUCCUUCUCGCCAUGCUAUCACUGAAGUUAUGAGCUGGAUUUCCCUGAUGGAAAAUGUCAUUCAGAGGAAGCAGGACGAAGAGAAUAUAAAAAAUGUAGUAGGACAGAAAGCCAUUCAGGAUUACGUCCAGAAGUACAAGGGUUUCAAGAUAGAUAUAAAUUGCAAACAAUUGACGGUAGACUUUGUGAACCAAUCAGUGCUCCAAAUUAGCAGCCAGGAUGUCGAAAGUAAACGUAGCGACAAAACUGAUUUUGCAGAACAGCUUGGAGCAAUGAACAGACGUUGGCAAAUCCUGCAAGGCCUGAUAACAGAAAAGAUCCAGCUGUUGGAAAGUCUGCAGGAAUCCUGGACAGAAUAUGAAAAUAACGUGCAGUGCCUAAAAACUUGGUUUGAAACCCAGGAGAAGAAGCUGAAACAGCAACAGAAAAUUGGAGACCAGGCUUCAGUACAGAAUGCUUUGAAAGACUGUCAGGAAUUAGAAGAAUCAAUAAGAACAAAGGAAAAAGAAGUAGAAAAUGUAGAACAGAGUGGUCUUUCUUUGAUACAGAACAAGAAGGAAGAAGUCUCCUCUGUUGUUAUGAAUACACUGCAAGAAAUUAACCAUUCCUGGGCAAAUUUGGAUCACAUGGUUAGCCAACUGAAGAUAUUGUUGCAAUCUGUUCUUGAUCAGUGGAGCAUUUACAAAGUCACUUAUGAAGAACUGAAUAGUUACCUGACAGAAGCCAGAUAUUCUUUGUCCCGUUUUUAUCUUCUUACUGGUUCUCUGGAAGCUGUGAAAGUCCAAGUUGAUAACCUUCAGAGCCUACAAGAUGAAUUGGAAAAGCAAGAAAAUACCUUACAGAAAUUUGGUUCUGUGACCAAUGAAUUGUUGAAAGAAUGUCACCCACCAGUGACUGAAACACUCACCAGCACUUUGAAAGAAGUGAAUAUGAGGUGGAACAACCUUCUGCAGGAGAUUGCAGAGAGGCUGCGUGCCAGUAAGGGUCUCCUGCAGCUGUGGCAGAGGUACAAGGACUGUUACCAGCAGUGCUCUUCUGCAGUCCAUCAGAGGGAAGACCAGACCAAUGAACUCCUGAAGACCGCCACCAGCAAAGACAUAGCCGAUGAUGAAGUUACUACUUGGAUUCAGGACUGCAAUGAUGUACUCACGGAUUUGAAGACAGCACAGGAGUCACUGGUUGUUCUUCAAGAACUGGGAGAGGAGCUAAAAGGCCAGGUGGAGGCUUCAGCAGCAGCAGCUAUACAGUCUGAUUAUCUUUCCCUGAACCAGAAUCUGUCAACCCUAGAACAGGCUCUCCACAAGCAACAGGCUGUACUUCAGGCUGGAGUGCUGGACUAUCAAACCUUUGCUAAGAAUCUGCAAGUCCUUGAGGCCUGGAUAACACAAGCAGAAGAAAUAUUGAAUGGACAGGAUCCCAGUCACUCAUCUGAUCUCUCAGCAAUACAGAGUAGAAUGGAGGAACUCAAGAGUCAGAUGUUGAAGUUCAGCAGCAUGGCCCCAGAUUUGGACCGUCUUAAUGAGCUGGGUUACAGGCUUCCUCUGAAUGAUAAAGAAAUCAAAAGGAUGCAGAACCUGAACAGACAUUGGUCUCUGAUCUCAUCUCAGACUACGGAGAGAUUCAGUAAGCUGCAGUCUUUCUUGCUGCAGCAGCAAACCUUCUUGGAGAAAUGUGAGACUUGGAUGGAUUUAUUAGUCCAGACUGAGCAGAAGCUGGCGGCAGAGAUUUCAGGAAACUACCAGAGCCUUUUAGAGCAACAGAGGGCACAUGAGCUAUUCCAGGCAGAGAUGUUCAGCCGCCAGCAGAUUUUGCAUUCAAUUAUCUCUGAUGGGCAGCACCUCCUAGAACAAGGACAGGUGGACGACAGGGAUGAAUUUAAUCUGAAGCUGACUCUUCUAAGUAAUCAAUGGCAAGGAGUAAUUCGCCGGGCACAGCAGAGGAGGGGGAUCAUUGACAGCCAGAUUCACCAGUGGCAACGCUAUAGGGAGAUGGCAGAGAAGCUGCGCAAGUGGCUGGUGGAAAUAUCUUGUCAGCCAGUAACUGGGCUGGGCAACGUUCCUAUCCCAUUGCAGCAAGCCAGAGCGCUACUGGAUGAAGUGCAGCUUAAAGAGAAAGUUCUCCUAAGGCAGCAAGGGAGUUAUAUCCUCACUGUGGAAGCUGGGAAGCAACUGCUGCUCUCUGCUGACAGUGGAGCUGAGGCAGCCCUGCAGACAGAGCUUACCGAAAUCCAGGAGCACUGGAAGAUAGCUAGCACCCGACUGGAACAACAAAAGAAACAGCUUGCUUUACUACUGAAAGACUGGGAAAAAUCUGAAAAGGGCAUAGGAGACUCCCUGGAGAAGCUAAGAUCAUUCAAAAAAAAGCUUUGUCAGCCUUUGCCAGAACACCAUGAUGAGUUGCACGCAGAGCAGAUUCGUUGCAAGGAGUUAGAGAAUGCUGUUGAAGGAUGGACAGAAGACCUUGCACACCUCUCUCUGUUGAAGGAGACCCUGUCUAUAUAUAUCAGCGCAGAUGAUAUCUCAAUCCUCAGUGAGCGCAUAGAGCUUCUGCACAGACAGUGGGAGGAGCUGUGCCACCAGGUUUCCUUACGUCGACAACAAGUUAGUGAGAGACUGAAUGAGUGGGCUGUCUUCAGUGAGAAGAACAAGGAGCUCUGUGAAUGGCUGACACAAAUGGAAAGUAAGGUUUCUCAAAAUGGCGACAUCCUCAUAGAAGAAAUGAUUGAAAAACUUAAAAAGGAUUAUCAAGAGGAAAUUGCUGUGGCCCAGAAGAACAAAAUCCAGCUCCAGCAAAUGGGAGAGCGACUUGCUAAAGCCAGCCAUGAGAGUAAGGCAUCAGAGAUUGAGUACAAACUUGGCAAGAUCAAUGACAGGUGGCAACAUCUUCUAGAUCUUAUUGCAGCCAGAGUAAAGAAGUUGAAGGAGACCCUCGUCGCAGUGCAGCAGCUGGAUAAAAACAUGAGUAGCCUGAGAUCUUGGCUUGCCCACAUUGAGUCAGAGCUGUCCAAACCUAUCGUGUAUGAAACUUGUGACUCUGAGGAGAUACAAAGGAAGCUAAAUGAACAGCAGGAACUUCAGAGAGACAUAGAGAAACACAGCACUGGAGUGGCAUCUGUUCUCAAUUUGUGUGAAGUGCUUCUUCAUGAUUGUGAUGCUUGUGCCACAGAAUCAGAGUGUGACUCUAUCCAGCAGGCUACACGCAAUCUGGACAGAAGGUGGAGGAACAUUUGUGCAAUGUCAAUGGAAAGGCGCCUUAAAAUCGAAGAGACGUGGCGGCUAUGGCAAAAGUUUUUGGAUGACUACUCUAGAUUUGAAGACUGGCUAAAAACCUCUGAGAAGAUAGCUGCUUUCCCAAGCUCCUCUGGUGUGCUUUACACGGUUGCUAAGGAAGAACUGAAGAAAUUUGAGGCCUUCCAGAGACAAGUGCAUGAAACUCUGACUCAACUGGAACUGAUCAAUAAACAAUAUCGCCGCCUGGCCCGAGAGAACCGCACUGACUCUGACUGCAGCCUCAAGCAGAUGGUUCACGAGGGGAACCAGAGAUGGGACAACUUACAAAAGCGAGUUACUUCCAUCCUGCGCAGACUAAAACAUUUUAUUGGCCAGCGUGAGGAAUUUGAGACAGCACGUGAUAGCAUCCUGGUAUGGCUAACCGAGAUGGACCUGCAGUUGACCAACAUUGAACAUUUCUCAGAGUGUGAUGUCCAAGCAAAGAUAAAGCAACUUAAGGCUUUCCAGCAAGAAAUUUCACUGAACAACAACAAAAUUGAGCAGAUAAUUGUGCAGGGUGAGCAACUCAUUGAGAAAAGUGAGCCCAUAGAUGCAGCUGUCAUUGAAGAAGAACUAGAUGAGCUGCGUCGUUACUGUCAAGAGGUCUUUGGACGUGUGGAACGCUAUCACAAGAAACUCAUCCGCCUUCCUCUGACAGAUGACGAACACGACCUCUCUGACAGAGAGGUGGAUCUGGACGAAUCAGCAGAUCUCUCUGACAUACACUGGCAUGACAAAUCUGCAGACAGCGUUCUCUCUCCGCACCCCUCUUCCAACCUUUCGCUGCCUCUUUCCCAGCCGGUGAGAAGCGAGCGAUCAGGGCGAGAUACCCCUGCGAGUGUGGACUCCAUUCCUCUGGAGUGGGAUCAUGACUACGACCUUAGCAGAGACCUGGAGACAGCCGUUUCGCAGGCACUGCACUCUGAGGAAGAAGACAGAGGACAAGAGAAGGACUUCUACCUGAGAGGAGCAGCUGGCAUAGCAGGAGAACCUGGUUCCCUAGAAGCACAUAUCCGACAGCUGGACAAGGCCUUAGACACCAGUCGUUUCCAAAUACAGCAAACAGAAAACAUCAUCCGCAGUAAAACACCUACAGGACCAGAGCUGGAUUCCAGUUACAAAGGAUAUAUGAAGCUACUAGGUGAGUGCAGUGGAAGCAUAGACUCAGUAAGAAGACUUGGAUAUAAACUGAAGGAGGAAGAAGAAAAAUUAUCUGGACUUAUUAACCUGAACAGUACUGAAACACAAACAGCUGGUGUAAUUGACCGAUGGGAAUUAAUCCAGGCUCAAGCUCUAAGCAAGGAGCUGAGGAUGAAGCAGAACCUUCAACAAUGGCAGCAGUUUAACUCCGACCUUAAUAGCAUUUGGGCUUGGUUGGGAGAAACUGAAGAGGAACUGGAGAAGCUGCGCUGCCUUGAUCUCAGCACUGACAUACAAACUAUUGAGCUCAGAAUUAAAAAACUGAAAGAGCUGCAGAAAGCAAUUGAUAACCGCAAAGCCAUCAUCUUAUCCAUCAAUCUGUGCAGCUCAGAGUUCACUCAGUCUGACAGCGAAGAGAGCAAGAAGCUUCAAGAGCGGCUGUCUCAGAUGAAUGUGCGCUGGGACCACGUAUGCAAUAUGAUUGAGGAGUGGCGCUGCUCAUUGCAGGAUGCAUUAAUGCAGUGCCAGGAUUUCCAUGAAAUGAGCCAUGGUUUGCUGCUUUGGUUAGAGAAUAUUGACAGAAGAAAAAACGAGAUUGUGCCCAUUAAUCCAAACCUGGACCAGGAAACACUGCAGGAUCAUCACAGACUUCUAAUGCAAAUCAGACGUGAACUGCUGGAGUCUCAGUUGAAGGUGGCGUCGCUGCAAGAUAUGUCCUGCCAGUUGCUAGUCAAUGCUGAAGGCAAGGACUGUCUUGAGGCCAAAGAAAAGGUGCAUGUCAUUGGAAACAGACUGAAGCUCCUCUUGAAAGAGGUCACACGUCAUAUUAAAGACCUAGAGAAAAUUCUAGACAUUUCAAGUAGUCAGCUGGAAUUGUCCUCAUGGUCUUCUGCUGAUGAAUUAGACACAUCGGGCUCAGUGAGUCCUGUAUCUGGAAGAAGCACUCCAAGCAGACAGAGAACGCCACGGGGCAAAUGUAGUCUCUCACAGCCUGGACCCUCUGUCAGCAGUCCACAUAGCAGGUCCACAAGAGGUGGCUCAGGUUCCUCCCCUUCUGAGGCCGGGCCAGCGUGGCGGCGCCCAUCUUUCUUCCUCAGAGUCCUCAGAGCUGCUCUGCCACUUCAGCUCCUCUUGCUGCUCCUGAUCGGGCUGGCUUGCCUGGUGCCAAUGACCGAGGAGGACUACAGCUGUACUAUGGCCAACAACUUUGCCCGCUCUUUCCACCCCAUGCUAAAAUACAUGAAUGGUCCACCUCCAUUAUGAAGGAGACCCGUGAGACAGUGGGUAACCUUGCUGGAGUGCUAGCUGGAAGGCAGGAUGGUUUUAGAGAGUGACACAAUUCAGUGUGGCAGCUUUACCUACCUGCUGUAGCCACCGCUGUGUCCAUAUCAUUCUCUGCUGGCACUCACCUAGUAACGUGUCAGUAUAUCAGUAUCAAACUGCACAACGUAUUACCUGAGUAGCAUUGUUUCAAUACUCGCAUCCUGGGUACUAAGGAGGAUGUGACAUGUGUGAGGGAAAUAUCCUUCUGUCCAGCAUUCUGGAUCUUUUAGCCACUUUAUAUCCAGGUCGUUGCCCUGUACUAUGCAUAGCCAAGGACUUGAUACUGUAGAUCCUUUCCUGUGUGCUGCUCUAAAUGAGCCAUUAGCCAGUCUUUGUUAAAUACCCUCUCAGUAUCUACAGUAUAUAAAAUAACUAAUGCUAAAGAAAUUUUAGAGCAUUUGUAACAUACAGUUUUAAAGGAUCUUGUAU